UCGAACAAAAAUAAUAGUGACAAACAUAUAGUGAUUUUGUUAUUACGCAGCGCAACAUAAUAUCUCUAGGCAGAAGGGUAAUGGACGAGGCCUUGAAGAAGCUAAUGAUAAGCAAUGCGGAAAUUUCAAGCAUUGGGAUCGCCGACUUAGGCUGCUCCACCGGUCCGAACAGUCUCUUCUCCAUCUCCAACAUUAUCGACACAAUCCAAAACUUGUGUCUUGACCUCGACCGUCCUGUCCCUGAGUUCAGAGUCUCUCUCAACGAUCUCCCUAGUAAUGACUUCAACCACCUCUUUGCUUCUUUGGCCGAGUUUUACAACCGGCUUAAUCGUAAAAAGGAUGGUUUAGGGCUCGGUUGUGGAGGAGGAGAAUCAUGUUUUGUGUCGGCGGUCCCUGGCACCUUUCACGGACGUUUGUUUCCUCGCCGGAGCCUUCAUUUUGUUCAUUCGUCUUCUAGUUUACACUGGUUGUCUCAGGUUCCAUGUCGUGAGGCUGAGAAGGAAGACGGCGUUAAUUCAGCUGAGUUAUACAACGUAGGGAAAAUAUACAUAUCAAAGACAAGUCCUAAGAGUGCACAUAAAGCUUAUGCUCUUCAAUUCCAAACUGAUUUCUCGGCCUUUCUGGAAUCACGGUCCAAAGAGUUGGUUCCUGGAGGCCGAAUGUUUUUAUCACUAUUCGGUAGAAGCACACAGGAUCCUACAACCGACGAGAGUUGCUAUCAAUGGGAACUCCUAGCUCAAGCUCUUAUCUCCAUGGCCAAAGAGGGUAUUAUCGAAGAAGAGAAGAUCAAUGCUUUUAACACUCCUUACUAUGCUGCAAGCUCCGAAGAACUGAUAAUGGUGAUAGAGAAAGAAGGGUCAUUUUUAAUCGAUCGGCUUGAGAUAAGUCCCAUUGAUUGGGAAGGUAGGAGUAUCAAUGAGGAGAGUUAUGACCUAGUAGUACGGUCCAAACCCGAAUCCCUAGCUAGUAGACGAAGAUUUUCUAAUACCAUCAGAGCUGUGGCCGAGCCGAUGCUAGAACCUAUGUUUGGGGAGAAUGUAAUGGACGAACUUUUUGAAAGGUAUGCAAAAAUCGUAGGAGAGUACCUCUAUGUGAGCUCACCUCGAUUUGUUAUCAUUAUUCUUUCGCUCGUUAGAACGGGUUGAUCGUGUUAUAACAUGUGCUAUAUACAUGUCGUGGGUCUGUAGUAACAAGAUUUGUAAAU